GAAGAAUCCAUUCACUCCAAUGGCCAUUCAUUCCAAUGGAUUGGAGUUUAUUCCGCCAAUGGAUGGCCUCAACAUGUAUUUGGCAAAUAGUGGCACCCCUUCGAUGAUGGCUUCGGAGGCUUCUCAUCUCAAGAGAGACAGCUCUGGCUUUCAUUCGCCGUCAGAUAAUAGCGAGAGAAAGAGCGAUGCAGUCAUUACGUGUCAGAGUAAGCUUUUGGGCGCAAAAAUCAUACGACAGGUGAAGAAAGACGCCGACGGCAAGCCUCACGUCAAGCGACCGAUGAAUGCAUUCAUGGUUUGGGCCAAAGACGAGAGGAGGAAAAUACUGAAAGCGUGUCCUGAUAUGCAUAAUUCAAACAUUUCCAAAAUAUUAGGCGCGCGUUGGAAGUCUAUGUCCAACUCAGAGAAACAGCCCUAUUAUGAGGAGCAGUCACGUCUGUCCAAAAGCCAUAUGGAACAACACCCCGACUACCGAUACAGACCCCGACCAAAGCGCACCUGUAUUGUUGACGGCAAGAAAUUACGAAUUUCUGAAUACAAACAACUCAUGAAAUCGAGACGACAGGAGAUGAGGAAUCUGUGG